GUCCUGGGUUAAAAAACGAGUUGAUGGUUGUGAAGCCAAAUAGAUAAGUCUUAAAACUAUCUACGCUAAAUAACGCCCAUCGCUAAUCAAUAGAACUAUAACGACACUGGCAGCCAAAACAACAACAAAUAAAUUAUAAAGAACAUUGACUUACGAACAAGAAUAAACAAAACUGACACUGUGUCACACUGCACACUGGCCAAAUAUUAGAAAACGCGGCGCCCCAAAUAGAAGAAGAAUUAUUAUUAUCUAUAACAGCUAACAAUGUCGUACACGGACCUAAGAGAUGUUAUGAACGUUAAGGAGGAGGCAAGCGAAUUGGAAAACAGCUCCAUGGAUUUACAUAUGAAUUUUUACAUCAAAGAAGAGCCAGUUGGCGUUGCGGAAGAAGAACAAAGCAAAAAAGAGGAGCUGGAUCUGUAUGCAGAUCAUGAAAUCAAGGACGAGUUGGUCAUAGGACCUACUUUAUUACAGCCUACUGAUUUAGCGCAAACAAAAUUUGUGCAGAAAACAUCUGAGGGAUUGAAUAUCAAUACUCGCUCAUAUAAGUGUGAUAUUUGCAAUAAAUGUUAUACAAGAGAACGGACACUUAAAACUCAUAAAAUGGCCCAUUCUGGAGAAGAACCAUUCAAAUGUGAUCACUGUAACAAAGGUUUUGCCUAUAAAUCACAUUUUGUUAAACAUAUAAAGACUCAUAAUCGAGAAAAACCAUACAAGUGUGAUUUAUGUUAUAAAUGUUUUACCACAAGAAAGUACCUUAAAGUUCAUAAAUUUACCCAUACUGGUGAAGAACCAUACAAAUGUGAUCCCUGUAACAAAGUUUUUGCCUAUAAAUCAAAUUUUGUUCAACAUUUAAAGAGUCAUACUGGAGAAAAACCAUACAAAUGUGAUACAUGCAGUAAAUGUUUUACAACAAGAUGGACACUUACAUUGCAUAUAAUGAUCCAUACUGAGGAAAAACCAUACAAAUGUGAUCCCUGUAACAAAGUUUUUGCCUAUAAAUCAAAUUUUGUUAAACAUUUAAAGAGUCAUACUGGAGAAGAACCAUACAUAUGUGAUCAUUGUAACAAAUGUUUUGCCAGUAAAUCAGAUAUUAGUGCACAUAUAAGGAUUCAUACUGGACAAAAACCAUACAAGUGUGUUACUUUCAAUAAAUGUUUUACAAGAAUAAGACAACCUACGAUCCAUACUGAGGAGAAACCAUACAAAUGUGACCACUGUGACAAAUGUUUUGCCUGUAAGUCAAAUUAUAUUCAGCAUUUAAGAACUCAUACUGGAGAAAAACCAUACAAGUGUGAUACAUGCAAUAAAUGUUUUACAAGAAAACGGAACCUGAAAUUUCAUAUUAUGAGCCAUACUGAGGAAAAACCGUACAAAUGUGGUCACUGUAACAAAUUUUUUAAACAUCAAUCAAAUUGUAUUCAGCAUGCAAAGGCUCAUGCUGGAGAAAAACCAUACAAGUGUGGUACAUGCAAUAAAUGUUUUGUAACAAAAUGGACACUUCAAUAUCAUAUUAUGACCCAUACUAAAGAAAAACCUUACAAAUGUAAUCACUGUAACAAAUGUUUUAGAUAUCAAUCAAAUUGUAAUACGCAUAUAAAGGCUCAUGCUGGGGGAAAACCAUACAAGUGUGAUACAUGCAAUAAAUGUUUUACAACAAGACAGUCACUUAAAUUGCAUAUAAUGAUCCAUAAUAACGAAAAGCCCUAUAAAUGUGAUCACUGUAGCAAAUGUUUUGUUCGUAAAGAUUAUCUAUGUUAUCAUUUAAGGACUCAUACUAAUCCAAAACGACACAAAUGUCAUAUUUGCAAGAAAUGUUUUGCAACAAAACAAGCACUUAAAAAUCAUACAAAGGUGCAUACUGGUGAGAAACCGUAAUUAUUAUAAAUGUGACUACUUAUGGUAACAAUUUUUUUAAUUAGGCAUAGAGACUCAUACUGCCCUCCUAACUAAGAGUGCAGUAACUAAGUCAAACCUGGGGAUCUACUCUUGAUCUCCGUCCAAAACAAUUACUGCCAAAUAAGCAAUACUUGACCAAAUGAAAAGACGCGUGAUGCGAAUGAAGUUUCAACCUUGAUACUUGUCUUUUAAUUUUGUCGAAUAUUACUUAUUUGACAGUAAUUGUUUCGGACGGAUGUCGGAUGGAGAUUGAGAGUAAACCCUGAUCCUCCUAACCAUAACGGCAGGAAGUACCUUAGAUACUGCACUUAUUCUUAGAUACAUAUCUUACUACUAAUUAAUCUCGAAAAUACAUGUACAAAAACAAAAGAAUAAUAAUAUAAUGUAUAACAACUGCAGUGUCUAUUAAGUGAUUGCUGUUUGUGCUAAAAAUACACUUCAUGUUAAUGCUAUUUUCUAAUGUUUUAUACAGUCGAAAGUCACAAUUUGUAAGUAUUUUCUUACUAAACAUCGACGUAAAGCAGCAGCAUGCUGUAUUGCUUGAGAUUUUGGAGAGUAUUGGUAGCCUAAUUCCCUCCCUUCACUUUUUUCUUUCCUCUUUUCUAGCUUCAUUCCCUUCUUUAGUGUUAGCAACGACUGAGCAAUGCCACUGGUAUUACAAGCGUACAUGAUAGGCUACGGUAAGAGUUUGGAGUCCCACUAUUUAUUGUAUACACAACUGCUUUUAUUCAAGGAAUAAAUGAUACAAGUCGGACAAACUGUUAAUUGGAUUGAGAAUAUAAAGAGAUGAGAAAAUAUAGUAUUUUAUAUAGAUAUUAAUUUCGUACAUUUAUAAAAUUAGAAUAAAACAAUGAAAAUUCC